UCUCCUCCUCCAAGGACGCGCCAAGCAGGGCGCAGGGCCGCGGCAUGGGGGGAGCCAGCUGGGCAGCCGCUGAGCCGGGAGGUGAGUGGGCCCGAAAGGGAGAGACCCUAGCCCCGGCUCGAGAGUGCCUCUGCGCAUAGCCAGAGUGCCCUUAUUGGCGGAGGAGGAGGGGGGCAGGCCUUCCAGGCAGACCCGGGCCCCCGGGCUGUCCCUUAGGGCAGCAGCGUCUCGCUUGUCUCCAUAUAUGGCUGGCCCGUCGCCGCUGGGACCCGUCUCUGCCCCUCCGCCCCUCGGGGGCUUUGCGCCCCGCUGGGGCACCCGAUCCCCAUCCCUGUAAGCCCCCAACCCUCGGCGGCCCCUUGCCUGCACCCCCGCGCCCCUCCUGGACUCCGCCCCUUCCCCCUCGCCAUGAACUGCCUGCAGUCGUCCCAGGAUAGCCUGGCGGGCAGCGUGUACCCCAUCGAGGGGCUGCCCCCGCUGCCCAAAGGCCUCAGCGGCAUCCUCAACUCCAGCGGGGGCUCCUGGCGCGAGAUCGAGAAGGUGUACAGCAAGAAGACCCGCAUCCAGGCCGACCUCAGCAAGUCCCAGGCCGCCCCGGAGAAGCGGCUGCUGCGGGCCAAGCCGGCCAACCUGGACUCCGCUCUGGCCGUGCUGCGCAAGGAGAUGGUGGGGCUUCGUCAGCUCGACAUGUCCCUCCUGUGCCAGCUCUGGUCCUUGUACGAGUCCAUUCAGGAGUACAAAGGCCUCUACCAGGACAUGUCAUCCUCGCUACACUCGGAAGGCAGCCUGGCGGCCGAAAAUGGCUUCUCGGACGACGAGGAGGAUUUCGAGGUGGACCAGGCGAGCCCCGAGGGGCAGAAGGAGAACCCCUUGGGUCAGCGCCUCCACCUACUCCAGCCCCAGAACUCUCGGGAUCAGUGGCUGCAGGAUUCAUUCCACAUCACCAUCUGAGUCGGCCUGUGCCGUGGAAUUGCCUUCUUCCUUCUGCCCGCGACGUGUGGGGGGAACUCUGUCUGCGUCUUUGGAAAAGAUUGGUUCCUGUUUUUUGGGGAGGGGGAUUGAGGUGCGCUCACAGUAGCAGUUUACAGCUGGUUUCAUAAUGCUGGAACAACCCUCGGGGAGAUCUUACCGCUGUACUGAACCGGUGGUGUUUUAGUUACCACUAUUAGAAUUCCGUUGGUCUUCCUUCCCAGAGAGAGAGGGAAAGAUGGGGGGAGGCAAUCUUUUGGGCCCCCGGGCAUAUUUGGAAAUUUGAGAAACUGUCCUGGGCACCAUCACAAAAUGGCCGCCCUGGGUGGGUGCGGCUAGUCCCAAAGGACAUGAGGGUUGGACUCGAUGGCCUUGUAGGCCCCUUCCAACUCUGCUAUUCUAUGGUUCUAUGUUCAGCGGCAUGCAUGGGAAAUUAAUGGCAGGCAGCUAAAGGCUCCACCUUAACGCUGAAGCAGUUGCCUGUAAGAAAAUAGGGAAAAAGUAAAAAUUGGGAGGAGACGCAUGGUACCCACAGGCACCCUGUUGCUCAGCUGUAAGAUUUACGUGUGGGCAUUUCAGGAAUGGAGAGUAGCUCCUACAGGACAUAAAUAGCUAACUAUAGAGUAUUCCCCCCCCCCCCAAGGUUGUAGCUUCCAUUCCGCCUCACCUGGGGCAGGUUGGACAAAGCAAAGAGGUAGAGCCAUAGUUUUAUCCUUGCAGAACCUGCGUCUCAGCAUGCUGAGAACUUGGGCACUUCACGACACGGCUUUUACUGUGCAAUCGCCCUGCCUCAAACACAGAAUUUCGCGGGCAGUCCGGAUGACGACGUCUUCCAUUUAUAACCCACCCGUGUUUUCCUUCCGCCUGUUUCUUUUCUUCCUACAAAAUAUCCAUUGAGCGGCGUGUCUGGAGGGGCGGACGGACCAGCUGCAUCAUGCGAUUGGCGGCGCUAGGGAACGUCUGCCCAUGUGGGUGCUACAGAAAAGCCGGGUUUCCAAUGUGUGAAGAGCACAUAAAUAUUUGCUAGGUGUAGAAAAAAAUAGCCGCAGAUCUGUUCUGUGCGCGAAUAACGCCCUGUUAUUUGAGGAUUCGUUGAGGGCGUGUCGAUGGAUACCUGAAUGUUUAUUGAUGGGGAAGAGAUAGCGGAUUGCUGGUCUCCGUUUUCUUCUCCCCCAUUCUUAGGCCCUAACUCAGUGGGUUCAGCACCUGAUUUGUAUGCAAAAGGUCGAAUCCUCAGUGUCUCCAGGUAGGGUUAAGAAAGACUCCUGCUGAGAUGUUAGAAGCUUGCCCCAAUUAUCGUAGACCAGGGGCGCACAACCUUUUCAGCUCUGGGGGCUGCAUUGGGUGUGUCUGGGGCCGCGAAUGUGCACAUGGGCAGGUACCGCUCACGCAUCCCAGCAGCAACAGAUCUUGGCCUUGCAGGAAUAGUGUCUGUUCCACGUCACAGCAUCAAGGUGUUGAAGCCCCCUCCCUAGGUGCCCCAACUGCAGCGCCUCCACCCAAAAAGGAAAAGCCACUCUGGGAAUGUGCUUUACGGCUCCUGCCAUACACACCGCCUUCCUAGAGCCUCCCCAGAGCAUUCUAGGAAGCUGGUAGGACCCUUGAAGGAUGGCCUCCUAGGAUGUUCUAUAGAUGUUCACGGAAUGAAGCUUCUAUGGGAGGAACCAUAGAGCCUGUUCCUAGAGUGGUUGUUUUUUCCACCACUGCCCUUUUCUUGGCCGAUGCUGAGGGUCUGGGGGCUGCCCGAUAAAACAUGGGCCACACUUUUCUUGCACCAUGCUGUAGACCAAGGAUGGGCAGAAGGUAUAUCUCUAGAUGUUUUGGACUUCAACCCUCAGCAUUCCAGACCAUUGCUCAUGCUGGCAGGGGCUUCUGGGAGUUGAAACCAACCCGUAAUGUAGACAAUUCUAAGCUAGAUCCUGGGCUAGGAGCCUAGCCUCGGUAUGAGGCAUCUCCCGAAGUUUCUGCAAAGACUGAACUCACUCCCACCCGCUUUCUUGUCCUGCCUCCCAACGCUGGAAGCACCCGAAAAUAGUGUAGCUGGAAAGGAACUUUUCUGUGCACGACGAAGCUUAUUUGCUAGACGUUUCUAGGCAAAGUUGCAUUGGCUGGAUUUAUUAUUAGUGCCUCAGCCGUGCGACCUAAAAACGGCCUGUUUAAAGUAUUUAACUGUAUAUGAUUUCCUAAUUUUUGAAGGCGCUGAAAUACAACGGUUUUUUUUCCUCUGGGGAGGGGGUGGUGGAAACCCCCACUUUCCCCCCCCCUCCCCAUUUUGUAACCGGGUACAAACCUUAGCUGAUUAAUAUAUUGGUUGGCGGUUACGGGGCAUUUUGUAACUGGGUCUGUUGCGUGGAGAGCACAAGGCCAGGGGAAUAAAAUGUCUCUG